GAGGGGCGGGGCUCGGUCACAUCAUAAUAUUGACAGAGGAAGUGGCUCGGUUGAACCUUUGGCCGCACUGACGUUCAUCAUUUGGAGGAUUCUGCGUUCCUCGUUACCCGCAGGAGAAGGACAGACAGAAGGACACAAUGGUAACAGAGGGGGAGCCCACAGACUUGGUCAAAGUGCUACACCUCCUGGUGCUCUCAUUCACCUGGGGCAUGCAGGUCUGGGUCACCUUCAUAUCAGGUUUUGCAUUGGUGUGGCAGGUUACUCGGCACACCUUUGGCCUGGUGCAAAGCAAACUCUUCCCUGUGUACUUCUACAGUCUGAUGGGCAGCAAUGUUGUCAGCCUGGCUGUGUAUGCUGUGUACCACCCCAGAGAGCUGCUGGACUGGCACGAAAGUGUGCAGAUGGGUUUCUACUUCAUGGCGUUGAUCAUGGCAGGUCUGAACGCACAGUGGUUCGGCCCAGCGGGCACUGAGGUGAUGUUCCAGAUGUGGGAGGUGGAGAAGGAGCAUGGCCUGGGGAAUCAGAUUGGCAUGGGCAGCCAGAAAGAAGCUUACGCUAAGCUCAAAGAGCAGGACCCCAAGUACAGAGCCUACAGGACGACGUUCGGCCGCUACCACGGCUUGUCCAGCCUCUGCAACCUGAUUGGGUUUAUCUGCACUACAACUAAUCUGAUCUACAUGGCUCUGAAUUUAUCCACCAUUUAGAAGAAGGAAGAUUUCAGUUUAUGAAAUAUCAACACAGCAGAAAAUGAUGUGCGAGUCAACAAGUUUUAUAUAGAAUAUAUAUAGAAUUGAAUUAAAUAUGCGCAACAAAUGUGUUAGUGACAUCAUGUCAAUGUAAUUACACAGCGACUCAUUUUUGUAACCACUGCAGCUGUCCCAAGUGUCCUUAAGAAGGGAGGUGCCUUCGUUGCCAUGUCCAAAGUCAGUUAAGCUCUUUUCAUCUUGUCAGUCAGUAUCUAAUUAACACUGUCUCACAAAAUAGAAUGAAUUGUUACAUUUUUCUAUUGGCUUUUAUUAAUUGAUUGUAUUGCUCAUGAUCAUUCCCCCUGAUGAGAGUGAUAUUUGUUUUAGAAACACACACAUAAACCUCAGCUGCUGUGUGGGCAAUGUACUUGCAUCCCCAGCAGGGGGCAAUGUUUGGACAAGUUUGUAGCACCAGCUGUGCAUACUGAAUUUCAUAUGUAAAAUAUUGUCUUUCCAGAUGUUUUACAGGAAAUUUCUAUUAAAUAUGUCAGCACUGUUGAAUUAACACUGUGACUGUGAGAUUAAAAAAAGUGUCCGUUAAUAUUCUUA